AUGAUUCCUGUCCCUUACGAGAGAUGUCACUACAUGUAUUUUUCCAACAAUGAACAUAUCUUGCGUGACGAUGGAGGCCCUAUCAUUGACUUGGAAGGGAAGGUUGUGGGAAUGGUUAACAAUCAAAUCAAUGAGACCUUUUUACCUUCUUCUAUAUUGCACAAGUGCUUGGAUUCAUGGAGAAAGUUAAAGUGCAUCCCUCGACCCCACCUUGGAAUGACCUUUACUUCCAUCAAGCUUCUAGAUCCAAUUGGUAUUGAGAGGAUGAGGCGUAAGCAUAACAUUGAGUCUGGUCUUAUUGUUGAAGAGGUGUCAAAAGAAUCGAAUGCUGAGAAACUUGGAAUCAGGAAGGGUGAUAUUAUUGAACGCUUCAAUGGAGAAUAUAUUUCUAGUACAAUUGAGCUAGAGAAGAUGUUGUUGGACAUAGGCAACGACCAUUUUGAACAAGCAAAACGCUUAAAUGCCGAAAUAGAUGUUCAAAUUCAAAUAUUUCGUGCCACGAAACUUUGCCGAAGAACUAGAAACUUGAUUGUAAUUAUAUCGGAUUGUGGAGAGGACAUCAUAGAAGGCACUUACCCAAUCACUACUAGCCUUCGAAGAUGA